AUGGAAAAAAAGAAUCCAAGUGGUAAGAAGUUCAGAAGCAAGCCUCAGUUGGCAAGAUACCUGGGAAACACUGUUGAUCUCAGCAGUUUUGACUUCCGAACGGGAAAGAUGAUGCCCAGUAAAUUGCAGAAGAACAAACAGAGACUAAGGAAUGAUUCUCUCAAUCAAAAUAAGGGAAAACCAGACUUAAAUACGACUUUACCGAUCAGACAGACCGCCUCGAUUUUCAAACAGCCCGUCACCAAAGUCACCAAUCAUCCUAGUAACAAAGUCCGGUCGGAUCCGCAGCGAGUGACGGAGCAGCCACGACAGCUUUUCUGGGAGAAGAGGUUACAAGGCCUCAGCGCGUCGGACGUCAGCGAACAAAUCAUAAAAUCCAUGGAGCUACCAAAAGGUCUACAAGGAGUCGGCCCCGGUAACAACGACGACACCCUGUUAUCGGCCGUCGCCAGCGCUUUGCACACCAGUUCCGCGCCCAUCACGGGGCAGCUCUCGGCGGCCGUUGAGAAGAACCCGGCCGUGUGGCUCAACACAUCUCAACCCCUCUGCAAAGCUUUCAUUGUCACGGACGACGAUAUUCGAAAACAAGAAGAGCGGGUGCAACAAGUGCGCAAAAAGCUGGAGGAAGCGCUGAUGGCGGAUAUCUUGUCGCGGGCGGCCGACACGACGAAAGAUAUAGACGUGGAAAUGGAUAACGGAGACGAGGCGUAA